AUGGCUUCAUCUUUCCACGUUCGCUCUAACAGUUUCCCUUCUAGACCUCACCCACAAGCUUCUCAUGUCGAUGAGCAGUUGUCUCGUUUAAGAUCUUCUGAAGAAGCCUCAACAUCUUCAAGCUAUUAUAUCUGUCAAAGACUUGACAACAUUCAAGAGCUACACGAGUCUCUCGACAAGCUUAUCCGCCUACCAAUGACCCAACAAGCUUUAGCUCAAGAGCAGAAUAAGAAAACCGUUGAACAGCUUCUUGAUGGAUCUCUCAGGAUCUUGGAUUUGUGCAACAUCUCCAAGGAUGCUUUGUCGCAGAUGAAAGAGGGUCUCAUGGAGAUCCAAUCAAUUCUUCGAAGAAAGCGCGGAGAUCUUUCUGGAGAGGUCAAGAAAUACUUAGCCACAAGAAGAUCCCUCAAGAAGUCAUUCCAAAGGGUUCUCAAGAGUUUGAAAAUCAAACAAGAUCAAGAAUGCAACGAAAAAUCUCUUACUAUGUUUGGAGAAGCAGAAGCUGUUACAAUGGCUCUUUUUGAAUACUUGUUCUCCUUCAUGUCUGGAUCAAAGACUUGUGACAAAUGGUCUCUCGUCUCAAAGCUAAUGAACAAGAAGAAGGUUUCAAGUGAGACACAAGCAAAUGAAUUCACAAGAGUUGACUCUGAAUUUCAAUCUGAAAAGACCUUGAAGAUGGAAGACGUUCAGGUCCUAGAGUCAUGCAUUCAAGAUCUUGAAGAUGGACUUGAAUCUCUUUCCAAGUCAAUGAUCAAAUAUAGAGUCUCAAUUCUUAACAUUUUAGGCCACUAA